AUGACACAGAAUUCUACCGAUGAUCUCUCUCUUCUCUUAAGAAUUCCUCAUUCAGUUCGAUUUUGGUAUUUUUUAUUUGCGGAUAUCUUCAGUCUUUGUGCUACUUUAUUCGUCUUAUUUUUCCUUUUCAAUGAUCGUACUCUUCGUCACGCUCUAUACAAUCAUAUUUUCAUUGUUAUUCUCAUCAUCAAUUUAAUCUAUCAAUUGACAGAUAUACCAUGGUUUAUUUAUAAUGAUAGAAAUGAUCAGUCGUGGCAAACAUCGUGGACAUUUACUCUUUUCUGGAUAUUUGUUGAUUAUGCAUUCUAUUCAAUCCAUACAGGACUGUUUGCCUGGGCAACUGUCGAACGAUAUAUACUUAUCUUUCAUGAUCACUGGUCACGGACUAAAUUGAAACGUUUGUUCAUUCAUUAUCUUCCGAUCAUCAUUAUAAUAAUCUACUAUAUUGUCUAUUACUCGAUCAUUUACUUCGUUAUACCGUGUAAAACAUCAUUCGAUGAAUUUCUCACCGGUGGUGUCUAUAUACCAUGUGCUUUUGAUCGAACACAAUUAGGACUGUGGGAUCUAAUUGUCAAUCAGAUUAUUACCACAUUAAUUAUUGUUACUUUUUGUCUUUUAUUACUCAUACGUGUCAUCAAACAAAGGAUUCGAAUACGCAAAACUAUUGAAUGGCGCAAACAUCGGAAGAUGACUAUGCAAUUAUUAUUGAUGUCAGUCAUCUCUUUGAUAUUUCAUAUUCCAUGGGUAUUAGUCAUUCUAUUCUAUCAGUUCAAUAUAACGAAAUCUAUUAGUCGAUGUGGAAUCAUCUAUACGAAAUUUCUUGCAUACAAUGUUACAUUUCUAUUUCCGUUUGUGUACUGUUUAUCAGUGCCAGAACUUCGGAAAAAAUUGAAAAGAAUAUAUCGAGUAUGCCGACGAGAGCGGCAAGUGGGUGUGAUUACACCGAUUCGUCCUCCUACACGAACUAGCGAAGCGUCCGAACAGAAUAAUCCUCAUAUCUGUAGGAUGAUGGAAACUUACUGA